CAUGCAUCGCAAGCAGGACAAUACAGUAUCUAUCCUCGUCUACUACUGAGCCAAAGCGAGCCCCAGCCGUCUAUUACAUCGCACACGUGGUGGGGCGCAGGCGAAGGCUCGUGUACUCGCUCCCCCACAGUGGUGUUAUGUACAGCGUGUGAUCCAGACUACCACCACGCCCUCACGCACAUCUACGCGAGUGCGAGUGCCAGUACGCUGGUGGAUGGGAAACGUCAUCCGCCUGCGGCCGCGGUAGAUGUCCGUGGAGAGGAGGGUACCGGUAUUAGCGGUGUGGACAAUAGCGGGACGGGCCCUGGACAUGAUAGUGUCAAGUAUCAGGGUACUACGUACGAGUUCAGCACGGAAGUAUCGCCCGCAGUCUGUGGCGGCGACGCCACACAGUGUCCG